AUGGCGUAUGUUAACAUUCCAAGGAACAGAGACGAUCCGAACUACCGAUACAAGAUGCCAAAAAUAGUUUCCCGUAUUGAAGGCCGAGGGAAUGGCAUUAAGACAAAUAUUGCUAAUAUGGGAGAUAUCUCACGGGCGCUUAAGCGUCCUCCCAUGUAUCCUACUAAGUUUUUUGGAUGUGAAUUAGGUGCUAUGGCCAAGUUUGAGGAGUCGGAGGAGAAAGCGUUGAUCAAUGGGGCGCACAAUGAACGGGAUCUAGCCACAAUUCUGGAUAAGUUCAUCGAGAUGUAUGUGCUAUGUCCCAAUUGCCAAUUACCUGAGAUCGAUGUAUUUGUUAGAAAGGGUUCACUUGUAUAUUCAUGUAAUGCUUGUGGGUCACAAGGUACGCUUGAUAUGACCCAUAAAGCGGCAACUUAUAUGAUUAAAAAUCCAACGGACACUAAGAAGAAGAGCAAGAAAACUGACAAACAUUCUAAAGUUGAUAAAUCAGAGAAGGAUAGGGAAAAGGGUGAUAAGGAUGAUGUGGAGGGCGACAAAUGUGCUAAAGAAAAGCGAAAGAAGGAAAAGGAUAGGAAGAAGAAAUCAAAAACAGACAUUUCUGAUGACAGUUUAGACAGUCAAGCAGAAUUGGUUAAGAAAACACAAAGUAUGUCAAUUACCAGCACCGAAAAACUCAACUUCACCAGCCCUGAAAUAGAAGAUGUAAUAAAGCGUUUAGAUUCGAUUAUAGAAAGAAAUGGAAUUGCAGAUAAUGAACUAUUCGUCCAAGAAUUACAUAUGUUACAAUUAUCUCAGGACUUCGAUUCAAAAUGUAGGGUUUAUGUCGCCUUUUCAGUGCUUCUUGGGAACGAUUUAAGUGCUACAAACUUUGAAAAAAACAUUCAUUCUUUUAUUAAGGUGGUAAAUAAUUCUGUCACUGCGGAAGAUGUACUUGAGGCAUUAGACUUUUACUACUUCAAUAAAGACAUUGAUUUGACGCGAAAUUUUCCUUACAUAGUUCAACAGUUAUACAAUGCAGAUAUUGUAAAAUCUUCAGACAUCAUGAGACACUACAAGAAACCAUUAAAUGAUCAUAAGCCCAAGGAUUCAAUCAAAGAAUCUAAGGACUACAACAAAGAUUCAGCUAAGGAUUCAAGUAAUGAUUUAAGUGAAGAAUAUGCUAGGGCCCAUGAGAAAUGCAAAAAAGCUGUUGCACCUUUCUUGUCUUGGCUUGAACAGAUGUCAGAAAGUGAAUCUGACGAUGACACAGAGAAUAUGAGAAAUCCCAAAAUAAAAUCUCUGGUUCAUUAA